AUGUGGAAGGAGGGUCGCAUGCUCCCGGAAAUCAAAAGCAGUGUGUUCUGGGAGUGCUCGCCAGCGUACAACGGUGGAGACAGCCUCUUCCACUCCAAGAUCAAGAGCGCCGCGCGUGUUCUACCCGCAAAGACGCCCGCUGAUCGGAACCCAUUUGCGAUGCACCUCCGGCGCGCCCGUGGCGUCCCGGUGAGCUUCCGGAGCAGCAGCACGCCGUCGACAACACUCGUGAUCCCACCCGACUCCGGAAAAAACUUCUCUCACAUUGGCAAUUUUUACAAGCACUCCACCCUCGGCGAGAGAAAGGCGUUGUGGAGGAAGGUUGCGAUAGAACUCGAGAAGAAACUUGCUCGCGGGGAGACGGUGUAUGUCAGCACACACGGCGGCGGCGUGCACUGGGUGCACGUGCGCUUGUCGCUGACGCCGAGGUACAAUGUGACUGAUGUGGCGUAUGUGGCGUGA